AUGCCCGAACCAUCACUCGCUGGCAAGACGUUUGUAGUCACUGCCGCAGCAGCAGGCAUCGGCUUUGCUACUACAAAGCUCCUGCUCGACUCUGGUGCAAAUGUGGGAAUGAGCGACAAGGACGGCGAGGCGUUGCAACUUGCCGCUGCAAAGUUCGACCCCCAAGUCACUGCCCGAGUCCUGACUGGCGUGGUAGACGUGGCCAGCCGCGCUGCCGUCCGAGCCUUUAUUCACGAGACACGAAACCAUUUCAACGGCCUCGAUGGCAUCGCUAGUGUCGCCGGUGUGUCUGGCAGGAAGUUUGGAGCACAAAAUGUCUGGGACAUCCCCGAGGACGAGUACGACUACAUCAUGGACGUGAAUCUGAGGGGGCUUUUCAAUAUUCUGGGCGAGUCCAUGAAGCCAGGCGUCAUGAGUCGUCCGGGGGCAAUAGUAGCCGUUGGAAGCGAGUACUCUUUCAGAGGGUCGAAAGGUUGUUCUCUCUAUGCGGCAUCCAAGCAUGGACUUCUGGGCAUGGUCAAAAGCGUGGCUCAUGAGGCCGGUGCGGGACCAGAAGGCAUUAGAGUCAAUGCAGUACUCCCUGGCCCCACCGACACGCCGGCCCGUCGAGCUGUCAUGGAAAUGGUCGGCAAGGAGCGUGAUUCCACAAAGAGGCGUCCGUUGGGAAGACCUGCUGAUCCAGAGGAACUUGCAGAGAUUAUUCUAUUCUUACUGAGCCCGAAAAGUAGCGUUGUUACUGGGGCGGCUUGGACUGCUGAUGGUGGUGCAGCUAGCUAA